AUGGGAGGGCAGCGUGUGCAGCAGCUGGCCUCUUGCGUUUUAUACCACAUCUGCGUCGCUGUCUUCCGCUUCCACCUCUUCCAGGGGCAUGGGGUCUGCUCACCAGAGGAGGAGGCCUGUUCCAGGCUGGCAAUCUGCAGCAGGUUCGGACCGCGCCGAGCCCGCCGAGCGGAGAGACCCCCUCCGCGCCUUCGCUCCUCGCUGGCUUGGCCCGGCGCGCUCGUGAGGCCGGGUGGCCCGAUCUCGGGGCUCUGCCCGACUUACGGCUAUGCUGUCAGUCAGCGGGCUUUGAAGGCCUGCUCGGGCCAGGCGAGUUGUUCCGUCUGCAGGGGCGCGACGUGCGACCCGUCGGCGGGAAGGCCGAUUUGA